AUGUGCUUCCAGCUCACGUUAGCCUCAACGCGUACUAUCACUACACCCUUUUCUACACCUUCAUACGCGAUCCUCCCUUAUUAACUAUAAUCACUCCUCUUCACACACACAAACAUAGAUUUGCGCAGAAAUGGCCAAAUUGGGGUUGAUCUUAGCACUAUGCGUGCUAUUGCCGGCGCUCAUCAGCGCUUCCCGUCCGAUGUCGCAGCCCUUCCUCUUGCAGGGGAGAGUUUAUUGCGAUACUUGCCGUGCCGGUUUCGAAACCUCCGCCACCACUUACAUUGCUAGUGCCAAGGUUAGGGUGGAAUGCAAGGAUAGGGAACAGAAACUCCUGUAUAGCAUGGAAGGAACAACCGAUUCCACAGGAACAUACAGCAUUCGUGUAAACGAAGAUCACGGAGAUGAGACCUGUGAUGUGGUUCUUGUCAGCAGCCCACUCGGCAACUGCAAGACCGCUGACCCAGGCCGCGACCGUGCCCGUGUGGUUCUAACCAGGUACAAUGGAAUUGUCUCUGACACACGUUUUGCCAACGCCAUGGGAUUCAUGAAGGAUGAGGUCAUGUCUGGUUGCACCAUGCUGCUUCAGUCACUCAUGGAAGAAGAGGAUUAGAUGGUUGUUUGAAUGGUCGGCAACUGGCGGUAAGAAAUAUAGCUUAAAUUCUUCUAUAGUAGUUCUCUUCUACCGUUGACAAAUUAAAAACGUUGUAUUUUUUUUGUUUGUUGUGGAACUCUAAAGUCAUGUACGGUACGUAGCAUUCUUUUCCGUGUCCUAUGAUUUGAUGUUUUGAUUGUUAUAAAUGAGUAAUGACGGAACAUCUUGUUUCGGAUGUUCAUGCAACUUGUUUGA